AUGGACAAGCAAAAUGAAGGCGCCCUCUUGCCUAAGGCAAAGCACGAAGAGGUUGCGAUCUACCCUCAGAUGGUACCGGUACCCAGGGAACCGGUGUUGAUGUCGUCAAAUCACCCACGACUGAUAGAGCAAACUGACCCAGUUUCUCCUCCAUCGGAGCCGCUUGUGACCAGUCCGCUGUCAACAGUCUCAUACCCAUCGGCUAUGGUACCAGGUGGCAGCAAUGUUACCUCAGGCAAUUGGGACCCCAUGAUUCAGGUCCAGUUCUACCAGACUUGCCUGAGCGCUCUAAUAUUCGAGAACAAUACGAGACAUCGUGCAAUUAUUGCCUGUACUGAAUGUCGCAAGCGGAAGGUCCGAUGUCAGACAUCAAUGUUCAGUCUCCAUGGUAAAUGCCAGAGAUGCUGGGAAAGAAAGAAAGACUGCAUCUUUACUCCGCCUGGCGACUACUGCCCAAGGUUCCUUUCGCCUCCAGUGCCGUUACCUACUCUCUCGCAACUCCCAGUUGCAGGCAACCCGCCUUUCAUCACUGAGAGCUUCCUUCCACAAUGUGCACCGACUCCCCCAGGUCUUGGGUUGAUAUUACCGCGCGGUACGAAGUAAGCAAUGUCUCUCCUAUCGAGCCCCAUUCAACUGACACGAUUGGAGCCGCACGAUAAGCAACGAGCCUACUCGUGAAAACCAGCCAACAAAACGACAAAGGGCAAGUGGGGGAAUUAGAAUGCGGGGGGGAGUUUCAACGAGGUCUGAGAUGGCCGAUAAGAAUUCAAUUAUGAGAGUAGAAAAUCUACUUCGUUGAGAUUCAUUGUUGUUCUGAAAGCCAUUCUGAGAAUGACAAGGGAUGGGAACUCUACUGCUGUUCAGGAUGGGCUAGUCUGAUUGAAGACGCUGGUACCUUGUAAUGGCGCUAGAAUAUGGUGGGCUCUCCCGUCAGCGGCCCGGACUAAUG